ACACACACUUACCACGUUGCUUAUUUUUCCUAGCUGUACGUGAAGUCAGCAUUAAUCACAACCGUGAAAGAGCGCUCGUGGCGCCCAUACCUUAUAUCUGAGGACAUAGCGGUAUGAGCUGAAGAAAUCCUGCGCUAUUAUGACGCUUUGUGAGCAGUUGAGAUGGUGAGCGGCUCUUCACAUGUGUGUUGGUGUUAGAAUAGAUUUAAACUUUUAGUAUUUUUUACCUAGAGUAGGCCUUUAUUUUUUUUAACCCCCCUACGGUAGUUUUAGCUUCUCGACGCUUCCGCAGUUUGGUGGUAGCACAAUGACACUGUUUUGAUUGUUUUACCCGGAAUAGCGAGACAUGUGCGGCAGAUAGGCUGCGUCUCUUGUCGCCUUCAACCAGCCGGCACCACCGGGACCGGACAUUUUUUACAAAGACAGAGACCAGAAGAAGGAGACGUAACAUGUUUGAAGCUGCAGGAAUCCCCCUCAUUGUGCUGGACGUUGUCUGUCUCAUACUCGUCGGACUUCCAUUUUUUAUCCUUACCCCUCAACACAACCCUUUCAAACGGGGCUUCUUCUGUAACGAUGAGUCCAUCAGAUACCCCCUCAAAGAGGACACCAUAUCGUACCAGCUGCUGGGAGGAGUCAUGAUCCCCUUCACGCUGAUCGUGCUCGUCUGUGGCGAGUGCCUUUCGGUUUACCUGUCUCGCAUCAAGAACCAAUCUUUGGGGACCAAGUACGCGGCGUGUGUCUACAAAGCUGUGGGGAGCUACGUGUUCGGAGCCGCUGCUAGCCAGUCUCUGACGGACAUAGCCAAGUACUCCAUCGGCCGCCUGCGGCCAAACUUCCUGGCUGUAUGCAAACCAGCCUGGAGCAGCAUCAACUGUAAAGCUGGCGGAUACAUCGAGAACUUCACCUGCACUGGAGACAAAGUUCUGGUCGAUGAGGCCAGACUGUCUUUCUACUCUGGUCAUUCAUCCUUCUCUAUGUACUGUAUGCUGUUCCUUGUACUGUACAUUCAAGCCAGACUGAGGUCCGAAUGGUCGAGGCUUCUGCGUCCCACCAUCCAGUUCUUCCUGAUCGCCACCGCUGUGUAUGUGGGUCUCUCUCGGGUGUCGGACUACAAACAUCACUGGAGUGACGUGCUCACUGGCCUCCUGCAGGGAGCCUUAGUGGCUACUCUCACUGUGUUCUGUGUGUCCAAUUUCUUUGAACAGCCAGUGGACCCUGUGGUGUCCCAGGAGGUCGAAGCCUCACACACCAGUUUACAGGAAAACCCUUUCAACGGGAACCACUAUGGCAGCACUGAAUGAAUCUGAGGAUUCAGAGACAAUACUCUUUAGAGCCUUUAUCUUUAUUUUAAAAUAGUCCCGGAGGACCUAAAACACAUCAAUGAACUGCCAGUGUUUGAUAUUAACUGCCGGCUGUUUCUGUGCUCUUGCCCUUUAAAGCCAACGCUGCAGGAUUUAGCUGCUACCUUUAGCUGCUACCUUGGGUGUGGUCCUUAAACUUUAAUUAAAGGAAGAAAAGUGCACUACAGAAGACAGUUGUUGCACUACUGAGAUCUAAAGAAGCAUGACUCUGCCAAAGUUUCGGGUAAAUCCAAUGGGAAACGGUUAUUAUGGAAUGACAAAAUGAAAAAAAACCAUUAUGUUGGGUUUAACUUAGAAAGAGUUGCUUCUUUUUUUUUUUACAGUGUGCGCUUGUUGGAUAUGUGGUUCAUCGUGAAUGAAUGAAAUUCCUUUUGCCCAGAGUAUAAUGAGCGUCUGUGUGCGCACUGCAAGCAGGCUUGUAGAGAGCCUGGCACCUGUGAAUUAGAGAACCUGGACUGGAAACUUAGAAAUAAUAUAUUGUAUGUUGAUGUUCUGCUACCUAUGAUCAUGCCAUUUCCCUGAUGUUAUUUUAUAAAUGAAAAACACAGUUUGUAUGAAGCUCUCUAUGUGUUUGUCCAUGCAGAAGCUUUAAACAGUAUUGUUUUGAGCAGUACUGGGAACAUGUGCGCUAAAUAAAGACAGCUCUGUUUUGCUACUUUGUUAAAAA